AAUUUCAUUUCUUCCCUUUUUGAGCUUUUCAUGCAAAGAUCGUCCAUAGCUUCGUAUGGAACGUUGCUGAAAGAGUCCUUGGCCUAGAUCGUGUACGACGAAAUAAUUCCCGUGAAUCCGCUGACCAACCUGACCCCGGCAAAUCUUUGGCUUAUGGACCGACCGGACCUUAUUGCCACUUUCACCAAGAUCGAGUUAUGGCGCCAAACACAGUUCAAGCGCAUUGUUUACCUCGAUUGCGACAUUGUCGCGGUUAGAGCUCCCAAUGAGCUUCUGGAGCUGGAUGUCGACUUUGCGGCCGCUCCAGAUGUGGGCUGGCCUGAUUGUUUCAACAGUGGUGUCAUGGUGCUUCGGCCCAACUUGCAGGACUACUUUGCGCUGAGAGCGCUUGCGGAGCGAGGCAUCAGUUUUGAUGGCGCCGAUCAAGGGUUGCUGAACAUGCACUUUCGCGAUUGGCAUCGGCUGAGCUUCACAUAUAAUUGCACUCCCAGCGCCAACUACCAGUACAUUCCGGCCUACAACUACUUCCAAAGUACUAUCAGCAUGAUUCAUUUCAUCGGCGCUCAGAAGCCGUGGAAUAUGGGCCGACAGGUGCAACCCGUGGAGUCCCCGUACAACAAAUUGCUCGGACGUUGGUGGGCUGUGUAUGAUGGUCACUACCGUCCGGUUGUGAGCAUACCUGUUGAUGUAACGGGGAAAAGGUUCUUUACGAGGGAGACUCAAUUGGGAAGCUCGACGGGAGAGAGGGCGGCGCUGACACAUGGCCAACAUUAUUCACAUGCUCAAGAUCUUGCAACUACGGUUGCGCAUGUCAAUGCGCCGCACUCGCAGAGCUCACACCCAGGACAAGACACAGAGCCUUUCUCGGAACCCCAACAAGCAGUGCCGACUGAGAAUACUGGCUCGGUUACUCGUAAUGCAUCCUAUGGCACUUCUGAGAGCUCGGAUACGCAUGUUGCUCAGCAGAAGUCUAUCGAGUCAGCGGGAGCUGGAACCCCUCAGGGAAGUACAUUGCCGGGUCCAGAGCAACACCCAACUGGGCAGCACGGGGAGCCAGAUUAUGACGAACCGCAUCAUAAUCUGGGCCGACACGACACGGUAUAUCAAGACACACCUUAUUCGGGUGGAUACUAUCAUGAGUCAGGAUACCACGGUGCGCAUGGUACAGUAGAGGAAGAAGGACAUCACGAGGACAGAUACCACGGGGGUGAGCACCAUGGGAAAACACCCCACUCUCAGACACAUCGUUGGGAGGCGCAGCAUGAGCACACCCACCACGAGACAGGAUACCACGGGGCAGGUCACCACGGGGAAAGUCACCACGGGGUAGAGCACCAGGAAAGACAUGUACACGUUCCCCCCCCUUUUCGGAGUGCGGUUCCGCAAUACGUCCGUGGAGAAGAGCAUGUAGCGGCUUAUAUCCACCCGCACUCUAAUCAGACCACCUUUGCUAUACAACCUGAACCAGCUUUCCGGAGACAAGAAGGCAGUGUGCCAGAGGCCUCGCCAAAGCCGUGGCGAGAGCAAGCCCACCGUUACCAGCAACCAGCAGAACCUCUUCCUAAUCCGCAACAUGGUCUACCGUCACCCAAGCCAGAAACACAAACAUUUGAGCCUCCGAAAGCCGAAUGGGAUGCAUCGAGGGAGCCCCCACCACUCAACACCAAGCCAGAGGGCUUUGCUUUGGAGACGAAAACAUAUACCAUGUCAGAGGACCGGCAACUUUUCCAACCACCCCCGUCCUAUCCGGAAGCGCCCAAGAACAUGUAUUAUGAAGUGCCCAGCAAGAAACCCGAGCCAGAAAAGCUCGCGCAGCUGUUCCCGUGGGAAAACAAUGCUCCCAGACCGACCCGUGUAUUUCCCGAAGACGACCAAACCUCGAUAAGUACUAUCUCGCGGUCUCUGCUGGAAUCGACAGAAGGGGAGCCUGGCCCAUCGUCACAAACGCGAGACACGACUUGGACAUGGACUUCUGAAGAGCCGGCUGAAUCGUGGGAACAUUAUACUCGUUCCAAUGCUUGGGACGAGGUCCCGGAAAUUCAGCGCUAUAUAUCUUCUCUGCAGCAGACUCGCAAAGGUCGGGUUCAGGUUCUCACGGGAGACUCUUCAAGCACGGAAGCAAGGGAUGUGCGGAUUACGGACUUCCCCAGCGAGCAAGAACGGCCCAGCCUGCCCGUCACCCCAGCGCCCAUCCAUCGGCGACCUGGCGAACUCUCCCCCUCUGAUAACGAUCUACUACCCUCAGCAGAAGGCGUGCCAAGCCAGGAGGACUGGGUGGGUAUUACGGUCGAUGCCUUUCUACAACUCGUUCGAGUGACGUACUUAUAUUGGAAAUUUACAGAACCCUUCAGCCGGCCUCGAAGAGCUUCGAAUACGUCGGUCCGAAGUCGUGGAUCAUCCAGAUCUGCUUUUCGAACGGAUAUUGAGCAGCAGAUCGACUACUUCAGAUCUAGUGCCUCCAAGCGAACGAACUAAUGAUUGAUCGGUUGUUCUUUUCUAAGCAUCGUUCUAGCAAUGUUAAUCAUAGUUUAGCCUCUUCUUCUCCUCGCAGACUUGCGCUACAUUCUGUUCUUGUUCGAUUACUUCAUCACUUCUUUUCGCAGCAUGCAUAUUGUUUCUUCGCGAUCAUUAUUGUUAAGCAUUGGCAUUUAUACAGUACCCCACGUGAUAUUAUGCAUGUGCAUUGAUAGCAGUGUAAGUUCUUAAGCAGGUGCAAAGUCUCAGACUGUCAUAUGCCUUUGCAUGAGGAGUUGGUUUUGUGCUUAUCGUUAUGUGGCAUUGAUCAGCGUCAAUCUGUACUUCCAUGUAAUGAUCGGUCUGCUUGCGUCUUAGUUCAUAUCAGUGAGCUAUGCUUCUACAAGACA